AUGAAUAUUUAUACUAAAACACAACCAAGUCACUGGUAUUGUGAUAAUUGUCAAGGAACCAUUUGGGAAGGUGAAUUUCGUUAUAAUUGCACUAUUUGUACAGAUUAUGAUUACUGUAAACAAUGUAUGAAAACAAAAGAUCCACCACAUCCUCAUCAAAUGGUACAAGAGUUUUCUUAUGGGCCAAUAUCUGACAAUGGAAUUGUUCCAGUGGAUAUGGCAGCCGGUAUCGAGAAAGCACUUAAGAUAUUCUCGAACCGUUAUUGCAUGGGUACUCGAGAUUUUGAUGAAACCAAUCCACCAGUAUAUAUCGAUUCAUAUUCAUGGAUAACAUAUAAAACAAUAGGUAAUCGAACAAAAAAUUUUGGAAAUGGAUUGCGACAUUUAAUUGAACCACGUGGUUAUCUUGCCAUCUGUGCAGCAAAUCGACCUGAAUGGAUGAUCACUGAUUUUGCAUGCAUGUUACAAAGUUUUAUCAGUGUACCGAUAUACUGUUUAUUUGACAAUCGUGAAAUUGCUUUCGUUAUUAAUAAUACUCAAGUUUCUGUAGUUGUUUGUGACAAACAAAUGCUACUAAGAUUUAUUCAAUUAGGUGCAGAAUGUCCAUCACUUCGUCGUAUCGUGUGCAUGGAUCCUAUUUGCGAGACGAUCAAGGCACAAGUUCAUGCAAACAGAUUUACUCUUCAUUAUAUGGGCGAUAUUGAAAAUAUUGGUUCUACCAAAAAAUAUGAUCGUGUCAUUAUAAAACCUACCGAUUGUCUCACGGUUAUAUAUACUAGUGGAAGUUCUGGUUUUCCUAAAGGUUCUAUAAUUUCUGAAGAAGCGUAUCGAGAAACAUUUCGAAAUUGGUUCAUUUCAUAUAAUUUUGAUAGAGUUACAUUUGCCUAUCGACCAUUCGCAUGGGCCUCAGAUCGUGAUGCAGCUAUUGGAACUUUUAUUUCUGGAGGACGUAUCGGAUUCUCAACAGGAGAUGUCAAUAGAUUAAUGGAAGAACUAGCUUUAGUUCGACCUACAUCAUUUGCAGCUCCACCAAGUAUUUGGAAUAAAAUAUAUGCGGAAUUUAAAACAGCUUGUUCAUUAAUUAACGUUCAUCAUUCAUUAGAAGCCAGAGCAAGAAAAGAAAAACGUUUACUAGAACAAUUUUCUAAACUGAUUCCGACACGUUGUGAAUCGAUUACAGUAGGAGGUGCUAAAGUUAGUCCAGCUGUAUUCAAUUUUAUGAAACGAUGCUUUUCAAAAUGUCGAAUCAAUGAAUCAUAUGGAAUUACUGAAUGUGGAAGUGUGGCAUAUAACCAAGCUGUUGAAAACGAUAUUCGGUAUCGUCUUGAAUCUGUACCAGAAAUGGGUUAUACAAUCGAUGAUAAACCUUAUCCACGAGGAGAAAUUUUAACAAAAACGAAACAAAUGUUUUCGGGAUAUAUGAAUAAUCCUGAAGAAACUCGUGCAGCUCUAACUGAUGAUGGAUUUUUCCGUACUGGUGAUAUUGUUGAAUUACGCACUAAUUCUGAUGGUAAACCUGAUUUGCAUGUUAUCGAUCGUAAAAAAAGUUUCUUUAAACUUUCACAAGGACAAUUUGUAUCACCUGAGUAUCUUCAAAGUAUUUACAUUCAAAGUUCGUUCGUUGAACAAAUCUAUAUUCAUGGCGAUCUUCUAUCAGAUUCUGUUGCUGCAGUAGUUGUACCUAAUAGAGCCUAUGCACAAACGUUUGCUCUUGAGCAUAAUAUAAUAAAUUUCGAUAUGAAUAAUCCAAAUUCUCAAUUUUGUGAUGCAAUUCUAAACGAUCUUCGUUCAAUUGCCACAAAAGAAUCACUACGAAAACAUGAAUUUCCAUCACAUUUAGUUGUCGAUUUUGAACCUUUUACACCAGAAAAUGGUCUUCUUACAUCUUCAUUCAAGCCCUGUCGUCAUAAACUAGCUGCAUAUUAUGCAGAUCGACUAAAAGCAUCUAAGACUAUUGAUCAACGACUUAAAACUAUUAUAGAAACAGCAACAGGACAAUCUAUAUCAAAAGAUGAUGAAGAACAUUUAUUAAUAUCUAAUGGUAAUGAUUCAUUGACAGCUGUGCGAUUAUCUCGUAUGAUUGAAAAUAACUUUGGAGUACCUGUACCAAUAAGUGUACUCUUUGAACCUACUAUGACUCUUCAACGAUUGACAUCUCUUAUCAAAGAUCCUUCUCAACUUUCUUCAAUGUCUCAUUCUAUUGUGCCACAAUUAUUAAAUGAUUCUCAAUUGGAUUUAAAAAUUAAUGUGAAUGAAUGUAAGAAAACAACUUGUUCUCCUUCAUUGAUAUUUAUUACAGGAACUACUGGAUUUGUGGGUGCUUUCUUACUAGCAGAAUUAUUAAGAGUUUAUCCAUUUGAUUGUAAAUUUGUUUGUCUGGUACGAUGUGAAUCUUCAGCGAAUCCUUUAGAUCGCAUUCGAAAAAAUAUGCUUUUCUAUCAGAUAUGGGAAGAAAAUUAUGAAAAACGUAUUGUAUCAUUAAAAGGUGAUUUAGCUAAAACUUAUUUUGGAUUAGAUAGUGAAACAUACGAAUCAUUGGCUAAACAAAUCGAUAUAAUUUUUCAUUGUGGUGCUACUGUUAAUUUUGUACUUCCAUACAGUCAAUUAUAUGGCCCAAAUGUAUGUGGUACUCGAGAGAUCAUUCGUCUAGCAACAUACAGCUCAAUAUGUAUACCUGUACAAUAUAUCUCGACACUGAGUGUAUUAUCAUCUGGUAUUAAUAUGGAGAUAUCAAUCGAUAAAAUUCCUCCAGAUGGUUUAGCCGGUGGUUAUGGACAGAGUAAAUGGGUAGCAGAAAAACUCAUUACUAAGGCGAGUCAGUUAGGCUUACCAGUAGUUAUUUAUCGUCUUGGAUCAAUAUGUGCUGCUACUGAAACGGGAGCAUGUAAUGUAAAUGAUAUUCAUACAUUACUACUUGCUUCAAUCAUGAAGUUAGGUUGUUAUCGUGGAACACAAAUUAAUACCCAUUUACAUGGCCUACCAGUUGAUUUUACUGCUAAAACAAUUGUCUAUUUGAGUCGUCUUACAUCCGACAUAAAUGGAAAAAUCUAUCAUGUACUCAAUUCACAUUCUAAAAUACCAUUUAAGAAUAUAGUUGAUAGUAUACAGUAUUCUGGUGUUCAAUUAGAAAAAGUCUCAUAUGAAGAAUGGCGAUUAAAGUUAAAGACAAUUACCCAUCAAGGCAAUCCCUUUGAAUCUGCAGAAGAAUUUCUAUUAGAAAGUGCUUUUAACGAAGAUUUACGUAUUUCUGCUGAUCAAUAUUACAAUGCUAUAUCUCAAUUGAAUUUUCCAACGUUAGACAAAGAUUAUGUGUUUAAAUGGUUGAAGUUUGUAUUUCUUAAGAUGAGUGAAAACAUGCAAGCAUGUAACGAUAAUUUUCAUAGUGAUAUGUUAUUUAAAUAUUCAUCGACAUAUAAUAAUGAUCUUAUACAUCGAGCUACACGACAAGGACGUGUUUUUUCGCUUGAAACAUAUUUAAAUCGAUAUUCUCUUGAAAAUAUCGAUCAAUUAUUCAUAUAUGGACGAUCAAAAUGGACAUUAUUAAUUGCUGCAUGUUUUUAUAAACAUGAAAAUAUUGUACGUAUGUUAUUACGUCGUUUUAAACCCGAUAUUAAUGCAACAGGUGAUGUUAAACUUGAUUUUGUUCAUGAAGUAAUGUAUGGUGUAUCAGCACUUUGGGUUGCUGCAGCUGUUGGUAGUUUUGAUAUUGUUAAAUUAUUAAUUGAAGAAGGUAAUGCAAAUGUCAAUCAUUUAUCAAUUACACGUAGUUCACCACUUCGAGCUGCUUCAUAUAUUGGUCGUCUUGAUAUAGCACAAUAUUUAAUAUCGCAUGGUGCUGAUAUGCAACUUGUUCGAGAUGGAAAUUAUACAAAUUUCAUGUUGAGUGCUUAUCGUGGACAUAUACAUAUGUUAACAUAUUUUCUUCAUGAGUUAAAAUGUAAUCCAAAUGAAUAUGAUCAAGAUGGUCGAACAUCAUUACAUUAUGCUAUUGAUGGUGGUUCACUUGAUGUUAUUCAAUUAUUAUUAGAGCAUGGAGCAAAAAAUAUCUCAGUAAAUGUAAUCACACCAUUAAUGUGGGCUGCAUUAGAAGCAAGAGAAGAUUUAGUUGAUGCAUUUGAAAAUUAUUGUUCAUCAGAUUUAGAAUGGAUUGAAGGAAGAGAAUUACUUGCUGCAUCUUAUGCAAAUAUUGAAUCUAGAAAUUAUAACCUUGAUAAAGCGAUUGAACAUAUGACAAAAGCAUAUAAAUGGAGACAAGAAAAAAAUCUUCCGAAAACAAUCUCAUCUAAUUUAUUUAUUGAAGCAUAUAAUUAUUCUCAUGAAUGUCAAACAUUAAAUCAAUUCAAUCAACUUAUAUCUGAAUCAAAUACUGAAUUACAUAUUGAAUCAUUACGUAUACAAGAAAGAAUUUUAGGUCAAAAAAAUAAACGAUAUCGUCAUUCUAUAAGAUUUUAUGGCACUAUAUUAGCUGAUAUACAACAAUAUGAUAUAUCAUUACGAUUUUGGUUAUAUGAACUUGAUUUACGAAAACAACAUAAAAUUAAUUUUGAUAAAUGGCAUUUAAGAGAUUUUGUUCAUAUUUUUGCUGAAAUGAUUAUAAAUGAUUUAGAUCAUAUAUCAGAAAAAGCUAUCUUAGAAAUUUUAAAUGCACUUAAUAAUGAACUUUCAAAUGGUCGACAUAAUGAUCAUAAUCUAUUAACAAUAUUUUAUUUAAUUACAGUUAUUAGUCAUAUAUCUGACAAACAACGAUUCUCAUCUUCGAUGAAUGAAAUCUAUCGUAUAUUGGUCAUGUCUGUUAAAAGUUGUUAUAUAACUACUGAAAAUUUAUCAUGCUGGACUUUAUUGCAUUUAAGUAUGAUGACAGGAUUAUCAUGUGUAAAUGAUAGUCAUAUAAUGGCAUUAUGCAAAUAUCCAUGUUAUAAUACAGUUCGUCUUCUUCUUCAAUGUGGUGCUAAUAUUGAUGCAAUUGAUUUAAAACGAAAUACACCAUUACAUUUAAUUGCUCAACGUAAUGAUGAUAUUGAAAAUAUAUUAUUUAUUAUUAAUCUUCUUUGUGAUACUGGUCGAGCACAUCCAGAUUGUGUUAAUGAUAAUGGUCAAACACCACUUGAAUCCGCAACAAAUACUCAUGUUAAAGUACAUCUUAGAAAAAAAAUAGGUGUUGGUCAAUUAAAAUGUUUAUGUGCUCGUUUAAUACGAAAACAAAAAAUAUCAUUUAAACAUAAUCAAUUUUCAUCAUUACUUGUGAAUUUUAUUGAAAAACAUUGA